GAAUGUUCUAUAAAUAAGGGUGGAAAACGAACGCAAAAUUCAGUGUAACAACACUCGCACUCGGAUUCGGUUCUUGUUACAAUUGCCAACCCUACACAAACACCAUGGACUCAGAUGACGAACAGAAGAUGGCGAUGCUCCGCAAAGCCUUCCAAAUGUUCGACACUACGAAGAGUGGAUACAUCGAUGUCCUGAAGAUCUCCACCAUUUUGAAUACCAUGGGCCAAUUGUUUGAUGAUUCUGAACUGCAAGCUCUUAUUGGUGAAAAUGACCCUGAAGGUAGUGGGAAAAUUAACUUUGAUGGCUUCUGUAAUAUUGCCUCCCACUUCUUAGAAGAAGAAGAUGCCGAAGCCAUGCAACAGGAACUGAAAGAAGCUUUCAGAUUGUACGACCGUGAAGGCAACGGCUACAUCACCACCUCUACUCUGAAAGAGAUCCUGGCUGCCCUUGAUGACAAGUUGAGCAACUCAGACUUAGAUGGCAUCAUCGCUGAGAUCGACACUGACGGCUCCGGAACCGUUGAUUUUGAUGAAUUCAUGGAGAUGAUGACUGGAGACUAAGCUGUUCAUUACUAUAGUACCAUAGUAUUAUUAAUAUUAGUUAUUAAUAUUGUAUAAAAUGUUUACAAGACUUCGGCACUAGUACAAACCAUUAAUGCGGUAUUAGCAUGGUUGUUAAAAUUAUAAUUCUUAAUAUUUGAUCUAUCUUAUAGAUAGGUGAUAAAGGAUAUAAUGUAUAUUAACUUUAUAAGAUAAAUCUUUGAGUUCGUUCCAAAGAAUUAUUUCCGGAAUAAUUCACACGUAACGAAUUUCUUUAUAUUUUUUUAUAAAAAUAACAAUUAUAUGCUAAUAUUUAUAACGCAUUGCACUAAUAUAUUUGGAAAUUAAUACUAUACAAAAAAUAAAUAUAAUAUCCAC